UGGCCGUUACGUUCGGGGCAACGGCUACGGCAGUGGAGAAGUAAGAAGAGAAACAACGUCUGGUGCUUCCGCCUUCGCUUAGGAGGAGGAGGAGCUGGUAGGGAAAAGAAAGUGAUUCGCCCUGGGCCUGAACUAGACCGAGUCGGGCCGGCGGGGGUCUGGCUAUGAGCCUUUGAGGGUCGCUUGGGACGCGGAGCGAGACUCGAGAGCCGAGAACUAUGUCUCAGCCGCCGCCGCCGCCUCCGCUGCCGCCGCCUCCUCCUCCCCCAGAGGCUCCGCAGACUCCGCCGUCCCUGCCGGCGACGGCGGCGGCUGCUCCGGGAGUGCUCUCGAAGCGGAGAGACCGGAGAAUCCUCUCCGGGAGCUGCCCGGAUCCGAAGUGCCAGGCGCGUCUGUUCUUCCCGGCCUCCGGUUCUGUCAGCAUCGAGUGUACCGAGUGCGGACAGCGGCACGAGCAGCAACAGCUGCUGGGGGUGGAGGAGGUGACCGACCCGGACGUAGUGCUGCACAACCUGCUGCGGAACGCGCUGCUCGGGGUGACAGGGGCACCCAAGAAAAACACGGAAUUGGUAAAGGUGAUGGGCCUUUCCAACUACCACUGCAAGUUGCUGUCGCCCAUCUUAGCUCGCUACGGAAUGGACAAGCAGACGGGCCGGGCUAAGCUUCUCCGGGACAUGAACCAGGGCGAACUGUUCGAUUGCGCUUUACUGGGGGACCGCGCCUUCCUCAUCGAACCGGAGCAUGUGAACACGGUGGGCUAUGGCAAGGACCGCUCCGGAAGCCUCCUGUAUUUGCAUGACACGCUUGAGGACAUCAAGCGGGCCAAUAAAAGUCAGGAAUGCCUCAUUCCAGUGCAUGUGGAUGGGGAUGGACACUGCCUGGUGCAUGCUGUGUCCCGGGCUCUAGUAGGCCGGGAGCUCUUCUGGCAUGCCUUGAGAGAGAAUCUUAAACAGCACUUUCAGCAGCACCUGGCCCGAUAUCAAGCCCUGUUCCAUGACUUCAUUGAUGCCGCUGAGUGGGAGGACAUUAUCAAUGAGUGUGACCCUCUGUUUGUACCACCUGAGGGUGUUCCCUUGGGCCUGAGGAACAUCCACAUAUUUGGCCUUGCCAACGUGCUGCAUCGCCCUAUUAUUCUGUUAGAUUCACUCAGUGGCAUGCGAAGCUCUGGUGAUUAUUCAGCCACCUUUCUGCCAGGGCUCAUCCCUGCAGAGAAGUGCACUGGGAGAGAUGGUCAUUUGAACAAACCCAUCUGUAUUGCCUGGAGUAGCUCUGGUAGAAACCAUUAUAUCCCCUUGGUAGGCAUAAAAGGGGCUGCUUUGCCCAAACUGCCAAUGAAUUUGCUUCCUAAAGCAUGGGGUGUGCCUCAGGACCUCAUUAAGAAGUACAUCAAACUUGAGGAGGACGGUGGUUGUGUUAUUGGAGGAGACAGAAGUUUGCAGGAUAAAUACUUACUUAGGCUUGUUGCUGCUAUGGAAGAAGUCUUUAUGGACAUACACGGUAUCCAUCCUAGUUUGGUGGCUGACGUCCAUCAGUAUUUCUACAGGAGGACAGGGGUGAUAGGAGUUCAGCCUGAAGAAGUCACAGCAGCUGCUAAAAAAGCAGUAAUGGAUAAUCGCCUUCACAAAUGUUUGCUCUGUGGUGCCCUUUCUGAACUUCAUGUUCCUCCAGAGUGGUUGGCUCCGGGAGGGAAACUGUAUAACCUGGCGAAAAGUACUCAUGGACAGCUGAGGCCUGACAAAAAUUAUAGCUUUCCCUUGAACAAUUUGGUUUGCUCAUAUGAUUCAGUGAAAGAUGUUCUGGUACCAGACUACGGAUUGAGUAACCUGACAGCUUGUAAUUGGUGCCACGGCACAUCUGUGCGAAGAGUCAGAGGAGAUGGAUCUAUUGUGUAUUUGGAUGGGGACAGAACUAAUGCUAGGUCCACUGGUGGCAAAUGUGGUUGUGGAUUCAAACAUUUUUGGGAUGGUAAGGAGUAUGACAAUCUACCAGAAGCUUUUCCUAUUACUUUGGAAUGGGGUGGAAGAGUGGUCAGAGAAACAGUAUAUUGGUUCCAGUAUGAAAGUGAUGCGUCUUUGAAUAGUAAUGUUUACGAUGUUGCCAUGAAACUUGUUACCAAGCACUUUCCCGGUGAAUUUGGGAGUGAAAUCCUAGUUCAGAAAGUUGUCCACACUAUAUUGCAUCAGACUGCCAAAAAGAAUCCUGAUGAUUAUACUCCUGUAAAUAUAGAUGGUGCUCAUGCCCAAAGAGUUGGAGACGUACAAGGACAAGAGUCAGAGUCCCAGCUCCCAACUAAAAUUAUUCUUACCGGACAGAAAACAAAAACUUUGCACAAGGAGGAGUUAAACAUGAGUAAGACUGAAAGAACUAUUCAACAGAACAUUACGGAACAGGCUUCUGUAAUGCAAAAACGGAAAACAGAGAAGUUAAAACAAGAACAAAAGGGGCAGCCCAGGACUGUUUCUCCCAGUACCGUUCGUGAUGGUCCUUCCUCUGCACCUGCCACCCCUACCAAGGCUCCCUAUUCACCAACCACUUCUAAGGAGAAGAAGAUCCGAAUAACAACUAAUGAUGGACGACAGUCCAUGGUUACACUUAAGUCUUCAACAACGUUUUUUGAACUUCAGGAAAGCAUAGCCAGAGAAUUCAGCAUUCCUCCAUAUUUACAGUGUAUUCGAUAUGGCUUUCCUCCUAAAGAGUUAAUGCCACCCCAGGCAGGAAUGGAAAAGGAGCCAGUUCCUUUACAGCAUGGUGACAGAAUUACAAUAGAGAUUCUAAAAAGUAAAGCCGAAGGGGGUCAGUCUGCGGCAGCACACUCGACCCACACUGUGAAACAAGAAGAGAGUGGUGUCACUGGUAAACUGUCAUCUAAGGAACUUCAGGAGCAAGCUGACAAAGAAAUGUACUCCUUGUGUCUUUUAGCAACGUUAAUGGGAGAAGAUGUAUGGUCUUAUGCAAAGGGGCUUCCUCACAUGUUCCAGCAGGGUGGCGUAUUCUACAAUAUUAUGAAGAAAACCAUGGGUAUGGCUGAUGGCAAGCAUUGCACUUUUCCACAUCUGCCUGGCAAAACCUUUGUCUAUAAUGCUUCUGAAGAUAGGCUGGAGUUGUGUGUGGAUGCUGCAGGACAUUUCCCCAUCGGUCCUGAUGUCGAAGAUUUAGUCAAAGAGGCUGUAAGUCAGGUUCGAGCAGAGGCUACGACAAGAAGUAGGGAGUCAAGUCCCUCACAUGGGUUAUUAAAACUAGGUAGUGGUGGAGUAGUGAAAAAGAAAUCCGAGCAGCUUCAUAACAUAACUGCGUUUCAGGGAAAAGGGCAUUCUCUAGGAACUGCAUCCAGUACCCCACACCUUGAGCCAAGAGCUAGGGAAACUCCAGUUGUAAGGAAGCAGACCACAGGGACACACUUUAGUAGUUCCAUUAAAACAGAGCCUUCUGUAUUCACAGCUGCUCCUAGUAACAGUGAGCUUAUUCGAAUAGCUCCUGGAGUAGUUACAAUGAGAGACAGCAGGCAGCUUGAUCCUGAUAUGGUUGAGGCCCAGCGAAAAAAAUUGCAGGAAAUGGUUUCUUCCAUUCAGGCGUCUAUGGACAAGCACUUGCGGGAUCAAAGUACAGAGCCGUCACCGUCUGAUCUUCCUCAAAGGAAAGUUGAAGUUGUGAGUUCUUCCGUGAAAUCUGGGAGUCUUCAGACUGGCGUACCUGAAUCUUUUUCUCUAACUGGUGGCACUGAAAAUUUGAACACGGAAACAACUGAUGGCCGUGUGGCGGAGGCCCUGGGAGCAGCAUUUGCUACAAGGUCAAAAGCACAAAAGGGAAAUUCCGUGGAGGAGCCUGAAGAGAUGGAUAGUCAAGAUGCUGAGAUGACAAACACAACUGAGCCAAUGGAUCACUCUUGAUUUAAUUAGAGGCUAAUAAAGGCAGAAUGUUUAUUGUGAACAUGUAGUAUUUGUUGGCUGGGCCACAUAACUUGAUUAGUCAUUAAAAAUCUUGUACGUAUAUAAUUCAGAGAUUAUAUCUUGUUAUUCAGUGCAUGAUAGCAAGUGUGUGAUUGGCAAUAGCUUUUAAUAUACUGCUGCCCAGGCUGGCUCUGAAUUCCUAUAAAUUAGUUACUAGAUCUGCAGAGAUGACUUUCUUCCAUAUAUGUGGUUCACUGUAAUUUUAAUUCCAUGAAAGUCUUAAUGUUUAAAACAUGAAAAUUCUCUUGCUACAUCUGUUUGAUUUCUGAAAAGGCUAGGGCUGGGGGAAAUAAGAUUUUGCUAAUGCUGAUGUCAUCAGGGUAACCAUUCCACAUAUUUAUUAGCGUGUCAAAGGAUUUAUGUAAAUUUGAAGGUUAUCUGAAUUGUAUCUUGAAAUUCAUAAAAGGAUAUAUUAGACACUGGGAUCCUGACACUUCUGUGAACAUGAACACAUUCAUAGAGAUACAUAUUCUUGGUGAAACUAUCUUGAGGAUGUAGUGUAAUGAUAGAACAUUUUGCUGAUUUGAGCAAGGAUAGGGGAAGAUAACUAUUCUAGAAUGAUAAAGUCAAUGUGAUUCAGUACUGUUGCUGUCUGAGCCAACACAGCCAAUUGUGUGCUCUGUUGUUGAUAAUAUGUUACCAUUAUUUUGAAUCUUGGCCUGGUCAAGUACUACCAGAUUUUUGUCCUUUAAUCUUGCAUAAAAGUUGAUUGCAAAGUGUGGUAGAAAAUAAUAAAAAUAAUGGUAGCAGUAGUUAAUCUCUAAUUUUCAGAGUUUGUCAGAUUCACAGAGCAUUUAUAAAUAAGAAUUUAUCUUUAUGAAUGAGUUACAUUGUUCUACAAUUUUGAUCAAUGGUAUUUAAGCUUGUAUAUGCUAAAUGUAUUUGAGCCCCUUUGAACCAAAAAUGUUUCCCUUUUUUCUUAGAAUCCAUAAGAUUUUCUUCAUUUGUUGGCUUCACUUGGAUUUGGAUGCAAAUUUGACUGCGUCAUACCCUGAUCAACCGGGCAUUUGCUUAAAUAGUGUAUUCAUCAAAUCUUUAGUGCCAGUUUCCUCAAGAAGCAGCUUUCAUGUUUACUCCUUAAAGAAUGUUUAUCCUGAGACUGGUAUUGCACUAUUUUAUCCUAUUCUGCAAAUCUGUAUUCUGAAAUGUACACGUUAAUCCAUCUUUUUUUCCUCUGUUCGCUGAAAUUAAGUUGAAUUUGAAUGGAUGAAAGACAAAAUGUAUGUUAAUACAAUCUCUUAUCUAGAGCA